AUGGAUUCAACGCACAACGCCCAAGAUGAAACUCAAGCUGAGUUACCCAUGUCCAAAGCACGGUGUAUCGCUCUCGUUGCUACCGUCACGGGAGCCGCCUUUGUCAAUGUCCUCAAUAUUCAAAGCGUCGUGAUUAUUCUCCCCACCAUAGGCAACCAUCUCGACAUUCCGGAAAGUCGUCAACAAUGGAUCGUAUCUUCCUACUCCCUUGCGUUUGGGUGCUUCCUCCUGCUAUGGGGUCGCAUAGGGGACAUUUAUGGGAAACGGCUCAUCUUCAUCCUCGGGUCUGUGUGGGUGACGUGUGUUACUGCCGCGAAUCCGUUUAUCCCGAACGAGAUUGGGUUUAAUUUGUUUCGGGGGUUUCAAGGACUGGGAGCGGCGGCGACGGUCCCAACGGCAAUUGGGAUACUGGGCGUGACGUUUCCACCGGGAAAAGCGAAAAACUACGCCUUCAGCACCUAUGGAGCUGGUGCCCCCCUCGGCAGCGUCUGUGGUAACCUCCUCUCCGGCCUCAUCGCCGAAUACGCCAACUGGAAAUGGGUAUUCGGCGCACUCGCCAUCCUCUCCGCCAUCAUCACCACAGCCAGCAUAUUCCUCAUCCCGCCGCCUCCUCCGUCCGUCAAACUCGCAGACACGGACGCAAAAGCCCCUCCCCAAAAGGUAGAUUGGCUAGGCGCAACGCUCAUCACCAUCGCCCUCAUAGCACUCAACUUCUCCCUCACAGAAGGCAACGUCGUCGGCUGGUCCACGCCCUGGGUGCCCGUCCUCGUCGUCACGGCCGUCCUGCUCAUUGCCCUCUUCACCACAUGGCAGAUGUACCUCGAGCGCCGUCACGGACGCAACCUCUCCCGCGCGCCGCUCAUCAAGGUCUCCGUGUUCAGAAACGCACGCUUCUCGGCCGCCAUGCUCAUCAUGGGCCUCUUCUUCACCGCCUUCAACAACUACCUCAUCUUUACGACCUACUUCUUCCAGGACUUCCAGGGCCUGUCUCCGCUGUCCACCAUGCUGCGAUACAUACCGACUGGUGUGACGGGCGUGAUCGUCGCCCUCAUUGUCGCACAGCUGCUCAGCCGUAUACCCACGCUGUUUAUCCUCGUCUGCGGCACCCUCGCCACAUCUGUUGCGUGUUUGUUGUACGCCGUGCCCAUUGCGCCCACGACGUCGUACUGGGCGUACGGGUUUCCAGCCAUGGUGCUCGCCGUCAUGGGCGCCGAUACCGUGUGGCCGUGCUUGACGCUGUUUACGUCGCAGGCCCUGCCGCGGGAGGACCAGGCUAUUGGCGGGGCGUUGAUCAAUGCCGUCGGACAGUUUGGCCGCUCGAUCGGUCUGGCUGUUGGGACGGCGAUACAGACUGCCGCUAUGGCUAGGGAGAGAGGUGUUCCUGUGAUGGAGGCGGGUCCGACGAGGCCGUGGGAUGGGGCUUCGCUUACGGGGUUAAGGGCCGCGAACUGGGCGAAUUUUGGGUUUGGUGUUGCCGCCUUGGUGGUGGUGUUGUUGGCGUUUAGGAAUAUGGACAUUAUAGGCAAGACGAGGCCUGCUAGGGUGGCCGAGACUGAAUCUAGUGGUGGUGUGUUUGGUGGAAAGAGUCAUGAUGUUGAGCAGAGGGCUACGGAGAAAAAGUAG